AUGUUGAGAGAAAUGAAAUUGAAUUCUCGAGUAUUUUUUUCUGUUAUAGGAAUCCGAAGUGAAACAGGAGAGCAUAUUGGUGCUUGUGGAUCAUGUGCUGUGCCUCUUGGUGCAGUUUCGAAAGCAAUCAAGGUGGUCAAGAAGGAAGGAAUUGAACACACUGAUCCUCUGAUCAUUACUCAAGCUUCAUCACUAGGCUUAGCUUCCAAAACAGUAGGAAGCUUGGAAAUCCUGCGGGCAGGUCUUCUACUAGUGGAUUCUUCGUAUGUGGAUAUUUUCAUAUCCAUCUGUAGAUCACCUGAAUUUCCUGGUGAUGAAUUGUUUGGGGAAAUCUCGGGAGUGAUGAAGCCUGGUGGAAUGAUUUUGAUUCACCUGACUUCUCAGUCUGCUACAGGGAACAUGACAACCUCUUCUGUUGAGCGCAAAUUACUUUUGGCAGGGUUUUUGGAUGUACAGGUUGUUCUAAUGACACAAGUUGUACCAUCAGAAGUUGUCCAGUCUUUUGGGAUUACGACAAAGAAGCCUUCUUGGAAAAUUGGUUCAUCCUUUAUUAUCAAGAAGGCCUCGACAAAUUUACCCAAGGUCCAUAUUGAUGAUGAUGUGGAUCUGAUUGAUGAAGAUAGCCUCUUAACUGAAGAGGAUUUGAAGAAACCCCAGUUGUUACCUGUUGGUGAUUGUGAGGUUGGAAGCACAAGGAAAGCCUGCAAAAAUUGCACCUGUGGACGGCCUGAGGAAGAAAAGAAAGCCGAGAAGCUAGGACUGACAAUCCUCAAUCAGCUUGUAGCAGUUGUGGACUGGGUGAUGCUUUUCGGUGCAGUACAUGUCCAUACAAGGGUCUUCCUCCAUUUAAACUGGGUGAGAAGGUUACUUUACCUAGGAAUUUUUUGGCUGCGGAUGUCUAAAUACAAAAAAUUCAAGCUGGAUGUAAUGUCAUUAUUUUGAUGUUUUGGAUACCACAGGAUUAGUAGGUUCAUCAACUGUAAGUCUUUGUUUCAAGAUUUUGGGUGUAGUUUUUUCUCUGCCUACAUGUUGCGUAGUCCAUUGUAUGCUCAACUCGUCUGCCAAGAGGAAAAUUUUUGAUUGUGUUUUUACUGAACCUUUCAAAUAGCCGAAAGCAUUUAUAGAGAAGAAAUGAUUUGGUGG